CUCUGAAGUCUAAACCUAACCCUUAAAAGCUGAAAGGUAGUAUAUAAACCCUAGACUCCGCUUCGACAUCUUCGAUAGAGGAACCUUCAGCAGCCGAGCCACGAAGAAACCAACUACAUGUAAAAAUGGUUUCCGGCAAGAAAACGAAGAAGACCCAUGAAAGCAUCAACAACAGGCUUGCCCUCGUCAUGAAGAGCGGGAAAUACACUCUUGGUUAUAAAACAGUGCUCAAGUCCCUCAGGACUUCGAAAGGGAAGCUGAUUAUCAUUUCAAACAAUUGUCCCCCGCUGAGGAAAUCUGAGAUUGAAUACUACGCAAUGCUUUGUAAAGUUGGGGUUCAUCAUUACAAUGGAAACAAUAAUGAUCUAGGAACUUCUUGUGGGAAGUACUUCCGUGUAUCCUGCUUGAGUAUCGUUGAUCCAGGUGAUUCUGACAUCAUCAAGUCUCUUCCGGGUGACCACUGAGUCAAUGAUGGUCCAGUUCUAUAGUUUCCGGCACCACUAUGUUGUUUCUCUUUUUCCCCAACCCCUUUUGUUUAAGAAUAUUUGGUAUCUUCUUUAUUCUAAGUUGUGGAUGUUGCUAAAUUUUGUAGCUUGAAUACCAAUUUUUGGUUAAUGAAGAUUCUGGAUUUUCAUUA